AUGGCCAUGAUUCCAACAGUGUCGAUCAUCGUUCUCAUCGCACUCGGCACAUUAUCCUCAGCAGAGGAAAAUGCACUCCGUUCCAAACGACAAUCAUGCUCUUGUCUACAGCACGCAUGCCAAUGCGCACAAGUGACAACGAUCUUCCAAAUGUCAUGUUCGUGUCCACAAGUUAUCAUACCAUGUUCAUGCUCUACCACUCCAAGUGGCUCAAUACCAUCAAUACCGAGUGUACCAUCAACAGGAAUACCAUCAGUGCCGUCAACAGGAAUACCAUCAGUGCCGUCCAUACGUAUAAUAGGCAGUUGUCACUCAAACUGCAACGAUAUUUGUCAGCGACAAUGCGUCGUCGGGCAAUGUGUUCCAGUUUGUUGGAAUGCUUGCAGAAAAGCUUGUUGA